UUUACCUAUUGGAAGAUAAGACAACAUUGCCGUCAGUCGAGCUUUAAGACCGAAGAGGAACGAAACCUAGUUGUGAAACCUGAAAUAUGUUUUAAUUGUUACAAAAAUGAAAACUCUGUGUAUCCUCGCUUUAAUUUUUACUUUCAUUUGUUGCAAUUUUUCAUUUUCCGUUUACAAAAAGACAGUUUUCCCGCCAAACGAUCGUCAUAUCGCUGAAAGUGAAUCAGUGUUGGACCCAAACGGUGAAUUGCUAUUGAAAUGGAGAAUCGAUUAUUCGAUUCGUAAAAUUCGUUUUCAACUGAGCCUGUCUGAUAAAGCAAUGCCUAUAAACUGGUUUGCUUUAGGUUUUUCCAAUAGGGGAGACCUAGAAAAUGCUGAUGUAUGUUUAGUAUGGACAGAUUAUAAAGAACAUGACCAUUUUGAGGAUAUGCAUUCUGAUGGAGAUGGAAAAUUAAUCAGGGAUACCAAACAAAACUGCAAUGCUUUUCAUAUAGAUGCGAAGUCACGAAGUAUAUCUUUUGAGCGUUAUUUUGAUACAUGUGACGACGAUGAUUAUAUUAUUGAGGAUGGCACGGUUCACGUUAUAUGGGCUAGGGGUGUCGAUAAGCUCUUUUCGUCGCAGGGUCUGUGUUUACCUUGCACGUCAGCCCAUGAUCGUGGUUUUAUUCGAGUACGACUACUUACACCCGUAGGAGUAUAUAAUGAAAAAGCUCAAGAAUUGAAGAUCACAAAUAAUGAUCUUAAAGUACCUAGUUCAGACACAACAUACUGGUGCAAGGUGGUCAAACUUCCUGAAUUUAUUGCUGCGAAAGUUCACCAUAUCAUUAAGUUUGAAUCAACGAUCACGAAAGGCAACGAAGGUUUAGUCCACCACAUGGAAGUGUUUUACUGUGAUGCAAGUCCGGGGAGAGAAAUUCCACUGUAUGAAGGAAACUGCUUUGCUCCCGAUAGACCAGAAUCUACUAGAUUAUGUUCCAAGGUGAAGGCAGCUUGGGCGAUGGGAGCACCGCCAUUCGUUUACCCGAAGAAAGCAGGUUUACCUUUAGGUGGGCCAGGUGCAAAUAAGUACGUAAUGCUUGAAGUGCAUUACAACAAUCCUGAGCUUAAAGAUGAUUGGAUAGACAGCUCUGGAAUUAUUCUUCACCUAACAGCUAACCGGAGAACUUACGACGCCGCAAUCAUGGAACUUGGUUUAGAGUAUACGGAUAAAAUGGCAAUCCCUGGUCGACAAGAAGCAUUCCCAUUAACAGGAUAUUGUAUACCGCAGUGUACAGGAGUUGGUCUACCAAAACACGGUAUUGUUGUAUUUGGCAGUCAGCUUCACACACAUUUAACGGGAGUUGCUGUGUGGACAAGGCAUUUUCGAAACGGAGUUGAACUGCCCAUAUUGAACAAAGAUAUGCAAUAUUCUACGCAUUUUCAAGAAAUCAGAAUUUUGCAUAGGCCCGUAAAGGUGUUACCCGGUGAUUAUUUGGAAACAACAUGCCUUUAUAACACAAUGGAUAAAGAGAAUGCUACGAUUGGUGGUCAUGCCAUAACAGAUGAAAUGUGUGUUAACUACAUGCAUUAUUAUCCAGCAACACAACUUGAGGUGUGUAAGAGUGCGGUGUCUAAUGCUGCUCUGGAAAACUUCUUUAAGUUUGAAAAAAGAUGGGACAAUAUGCCUAUAUCGUAUAAAGCAAGUCCUCGAGCAAAUUAUUUGUCGAUAAAGCCUUGGACACCACUGAGAGCAAAAAGUUUAGAUAAUCUUUAUACAGAGUCACCCAUUUCGAUGCAAUGCAAUAAAUCCGAUGGAAACAGAUUCCAGGGUGACUGGGAAGGAAUACCCAUACCGAAAAUUAAAUUACCAUUGCAGCCACAGCCUAGACAUUGUCAACUCACAUAGGAACAUUCGCUAAUACAUUUGCAUAUCAUUUCAUCUUGAUAACUCAAAUAUGAAUGAUACAUUCAUACGUUGUUAAUAAAAAAUAAUAACAGUUGUUUCUAUUAAUAUUAAUUAAUGAAAUAUGCUAUAAAGUAUCUAACUAUGCAGGUAUUUCUUAUACAAUAAAAAUAUU